GUCCUUAAAAUUGGUUUCCUGAUUCUAACUAAACAUUUGUUGCAGAGUGAAUUCUUGUAUCCAUCAGUGUAAAAUCUCAAACAGAUCUCUAAAAAGACAUAUUUCAGAUGAAUAAAUCAAUAAAUAACAUUUACUGUUCAUGUCAGUAGAGGUCGUGUUAGUGUUUUCAGAGCACAGGAGGAAGAGUCCCUUAAACCUAAAAUGUUGCAUGUUGUAAUAUUACAUUAGGGGGUGUAGAGACAAAUCCACUGGCAAAGUUGUGCUGGAAGUCUUUAGUGCUGUAUGAUCUUGGAAAAGGCAGUGUCUUAUUGUUGCUGACUAUAUGUGACAGUGCUGUUGACUGUGUAGGGUCCACCCAUCUUCAUGUAAUCGACUUCCUCCAGAUGCCUGUGGCCUAGCUGUGGGGGACUCAACAGGAAGACGACAGAGAGAGGCCGUUCUAAGACUGAGGAAGAGAAAAACAGACAGCCUCUAGGAGGAAGUAGUAGUUGUUUUUAGUAAGUUAAAGUCGACAUGACGGAGUUCUGGGUUUGUUUCAGCUGUUGUGUUGCCGAACAGCCCCAGCCGAAGAGGAGACGGAGGAUAGAUCGGUCAAUGAUUGGAGAACCCACCAACUUUGUUCACAUGACACAUGUAGGCUCGGGAGACAUGGGUAUGGGUCUUGCAGCGGUGAAUUCAGUUCAAGCACAGAUGAAAUCAAAAGGUGGUUAUGGAAACGGUGCACCUGAGAACGUCCAAUGACAAGCAUGAAUACUAGCUUGUCCUAAACAGAACAGUGAGGCAGGAGGACCCUGGACUCAAGCACACCACACUGGAUCACCUAAGCAGUCUAACCACUGGUUGUGUAUAUUGUUGUAAUGGAUGCACUGUUAUAUGCUUACAGCCUUAUAGUCUUCUUAUUGUGAAAAUGGCCAAGAACAUGAAAUGCUAAUAUUUGAUCUUUAAUGCCUGUUAAUGCUUUUGUAAGGAAUGAAUUAUGAUUUGGUUUCCAUUGUUCUAAUGGAUGUGUAUUUAUACCAGUACAGAUAUGGUGGCUGGGCCACUGGAGAUUUUGAGGCAUAGUCUCUAGAUUACAAACAAAUCUUUUAGUGAUGAGGAAAGAGAGAGACCCUUUGAAAUGUAACAUUUGUAGUAAUGUGCAUUUUUCUUGUAUUUUAUACUUUUCACAUGUAUUCCCUGGGUUGUGGAAUAUUCUUAUUUAGGCUUUUAAAUGCACUCUUUUUCAAUAAACUUGAUAUGUGCAGACCUCACUGUAAUAUUUCAUGUGACACUCUUAUACAGUCUAUGAACUGCAGAAUAUUUUUGUACAGUCACUGUUCAUUUUUAAUUCUGAUGUACAAAUAAAAAUGGCAAAGAGCACA